AUGACUGCUAAUGGAAGUCGCUCGGACCCGCUUCACAUUACAACCGAUUAUUCGAAAAAGCCCGACUUUCUCCCAAGAGAUGACCUUCCAAUGGUUCAAAAAGUAUUUGGAACCGCCAACUUCACCGAUGGCUUCGCUUUCCAGUGGCUCAAUCCGACCAUUCCUGAUAACACCGUCGACGACAUAGUUUAUCUGGUCCAUAUUUUGGACCAAGAAACAAUGUAUCGAGUGUCAUACGCACUGAAGAAUAAAAUUUUAACGAAGAAAUCUUAUUUUACCGUCCGCGGGCUGAUAGAAAACCACCCUUAUGUUUUGCAAAUCUGGACGAUUGGAUACAAAAACGGGGAGUUCUUCAAAAGCGUUGAGGAAAAGACCGUGUUUACUCGAACCUUGAGCUCGCGAAAUAACUUUGUUACUUGCGAAGAGUAUCUUUGUUCGCAUCAGAAUCCUGUUCAGGUUUCCUGCGGAAAUAAUACUACUACAGAUAGCGAUAUUUGCAAGAAAAGUACGACAUGCUACAAGAAAUACUCAGCAGACGGCGGGAAGACGGUGGCAGAAUGCCCUUCUGAUUACAAUUGCCGAGUCCAAGAACCUUGGCGCUGGCCUGCUGAAUCAGAGCUUCCUCAACAAGAUAAAGAAAACCACGAAUGUUAUUUUGCAAGCACUAAUCCAGAGAAAGAAACGAAAUGCAAAAGAAAUUCGAAUUGCUGCUACGUUGAUGAUGACUGCUUUCCACGACGACUAUGCCCGCACUUGUCAAUUCCAAACGGCUCGGCAUCUUGUGGCUCGGAUAAAUGCGAAGUCUCAUGUGAUCCAGGUUUUUAUAUCGUUGGAAAUAGAUUUCCUACUUGCAUCAAUCGCGAAUGGUCUCACAUUCCAACUUGCACACCGAAUAAAUGCGAGCCCAUCGAUGAACUUCUUCAAUAUGACGAUAAAACAAAAGCAACAUGCACGAAGAACCCAACAAACUCGCAGGAUUCCAAGUGCGAGAUCAGUUGCGUUACACCAAGCGACGAUACAAGAAUCGUCGGAGUGUCCUCAAUUCAAUGCUCAGUUCGGCCAGACACAGGGAAAGUCGCUUGGGUAUGGACCCAAACAAACGAACCAGUUCACAGUGGAACCGUUGGACUUUGUCUCCCCAUUCUCGAUCUUGAAAAUUUCGUUUUUGAGCAAAAAAGAAAGUGUGAAUGUACAGAUACGAGCAUUGAUGACGAGUUUUUCUGUGACGGAAAAUGCGAUUGCCCGGGCUGCAUCGAUGAAACUUACAAAAGCUGUCUUCUUCGAGCAGAAAUGGGUUUUGCUUUCCCAAACGAGAAUGCGAGAACAAGCGUGACUCUUGAAAUCCUUGAUUUGGUUCACUCUACGCUUGAAUUCGAAGUUUCACCGACAGAGGCAAAGGACUCUGUUUUUCUCGACAAUAUUGAUAUUUCCAACGAUUUGGUUUGCGACAAUGACGCUUCAAUGUUGGCUUAUUUCAACUUUUGUGAAGAGCCACAGGAAACGGCAAAGAACGAGCUGUUUACAAAAAUCAAAUGUGUGUACAAACUUCCGGAAAGCUUCGUUGGAGGCGAUCUUACUGCUUCCUACGACAAGUUGCUACCAGGCUCGGCGGCUGUUUCCGUCACUACGCCAGAUUCUUUGCUGAAAACUCACACGCUUUCUGGCCAAAACGCUGUAAUCGAAUGGGCAAGCGGGAAUCCAACAGAUCCUGAAGUACUCUACUACGAAAUAACCAUCACUCUAACUGACCGAAGCGAUCGAAAACGAAGAUCAGCUGUUGAUCGAAGAGAAGUGAUCAUUUCCGCGACGCAGACAGAGUAUAAAUUCACUGUACUCGAAGACCAACAGUAUCAAUUCCAGGCAGUAGCUGUGCGAGAAGAUGGAUCAAGAGUUAUUGUUGUUCAGACUUCAGGAGAGCACGAAAACAAAGCAAUCCGGCCGGCGCCAGUUGUGUCUGUUUUCUCAACAAGCGAGAAACAAGCAACCUUUUCACUUCAAAACCCCGGUUACGAGUACUUAGGAGUGCGCAUCUCAAACCGCUUCUAUAAUUACGAGGUCCAAAGGGCAAAUAUGACGGAUGUUUCCGGAAAUCCUCGCCUUAGUCUAGCGACCAUUGAUCUGCCGUAUUCUGACACGAGCUAUAAAUUUGACAUCGAGUUCUUAGUCAAACAGGAUGUUAGUGAAAAACUGAAGAUUUACUCGAUGCCGGCAGUUAUUAAUUUCAAGACAAAAAAGGUCCUGGAAAUCGUUUUAGAAGACGUUGGCAGCGAUUAUCUCGUUUUCAGCUGGAAUGUUGAUGGUAUUCCUACUGUUAGCAUUUCACCAGAUAUAUCGAAUGGCGUCAUAAAGGGAAACUCUGUUGAAUUUUCCGGUUUAUUUAGCAAUCAAGAGUACAACUUCACGAUGACAUUGAGGGACGCGAAUGACAGUAUCUACUACGAUUUGCCGGCUGAUCCAAUCGUUGGAAUAACCCACGCUCGAGUAGAAGAUUUUGACAUUGUUAUCGAAGAAAUAAGAAGUGACCGGAUGAAAGUCUCCUGGCCUACUGUAAAGGAUGCCAACGGUAAACUGCCCAUCAGUGAGCGAUUUGCUCUAUGGGGUUAUGGAACUGAACCUGUAUGGGUUUGUUUUGCUUCUCCUUGUGAGAUAACUGGUCUAAUACACAGGUUUCCGUAUGUUGGUAAUUUGACGCUUCAAUUUGAAUCGUCAAAAGAAGACCUUGUAGUUUCAGAAGAACUUGGAACUGCUCCUAGAGCGCCGGAGAUCUUACUGUCAGAAAUUCGUUCGACUGAAAUCCAGAUCAAAUUCGACACUUUGUUCAAUGGUACUUUUAAUGUUACAACAUUACUUCCUGGUGAUAUUCCAUAUACUCAGGAAUAUAAAGAUCCUGAUGUUACUCUUGGUGGUUUACCCGAAGAUACAGAAAUGCCCUUCGCAUCUUUCAUCAGAUUCUCAAGCUUCAACCAGACGAAUACCUUCCCUGUAACUUUAACAACAAACCCAAAACCAAGAAAGCUGAAGGUCAUUUCUGGAGACACGAAUUCCGUAAAAUUCGAGCUCGACCAAGAAGUCUUUGAAAAAAGUAAAUUUGUGAAUAUGGUCAUUCUUCCCGACUACACAAGUGAGGAAGGAAAACGAAUCGACAGUCACAUAUAUCACGCGAAAGGAUUGGAAGCGGGCAAGACCUACAAAGCCGAAACUUCUUAUAGAUGGGAGAACGAUAUAAGAAUGAUCAAUGCAUUCCAAUCCAUUGAUUUCAACAUGACCACGGAUGAGGACGUUGCCAAUUUCACGACAGCUAAUUAUGUCGGCGACCUAACUUUCACCGAAAUUCAUCCGAACAACAUGACUAUCAGUUGGGAUCCCGUGGAAAACGCAGUUUCCUACGACCUCAAAUACUUCAUAAACAGCAAUCCCGACAGAACAACCCUCCCUGAUCAAUACUUUACGAUGAAUUUGAAGUCUUCAGAAAUAACACUUACAAAUCUCAUUCAAGACAAACAAUAUGGUUUUCAACUAUUUGCCAACUUCGACCAAAAUUUCAUGAGCAAUGGAGAAUUAACGUUUGAAAGAACUACAAGAGAUGAUAUUCUACCGCCGUUUUAUUAUAGUAUUGAAUGCAGAUCAACGUGGAUACGUGUCGAGUUUACGACCGAUUAUGAUUUGAACGAUCUUCCACCCCGGUCGGCGUCAUUGAACAUAACGCGGGAUGGAGCCGUCAUAGAAUCAAUCCAAAUUGACCCAAGCUUCUUCGACAACACGAGGCUGUGUGAUGACUCUUGCAAAUUUUUAGAUGGAACCCCAGCUUGUUCACCUUUUAGGGCUGAAAAUAGCAAAACGUAUAAAAAUAGAUACUGUUCUAUUCAAACUGUAACGAUUGAAAAUCUUAUUCCGUCGACUGACAUCAUCCUCGAAAUCGACAUCGACUAUAAUCCUCCACCGGGAAAAAACCCACCCCAAAAUGGUAUCACGAGAUUUUUACGAAUGGCACCCAGUGCUCCUGUUAUCUCCCUCGAAAGGGCUGCAGAUACAAAAGUCGAGCUCACGUGGACGUACGACCAAGAAGAGUGGGACGCCGCGGAUGACAAGCGAAAAUGCAGCUUGACAAGUUCCACUCAAAACGGAACAACUCAGUCUCAUAUUUUGGCAAACGGAACAGCCCACUCGACGAUUAAAGGAAUGCUCGCAGAAACGCCAUACGAAAUCGAGCUUUACUGCGAUUUCGAAUACAUAAGUGAUCUUGACGAGUUGCUGUAUAAAUCGACAGAUUCAAUCAAAAUCAAAAAUACUGAUGGUACUGGACCGACUAUUUCUGGAUUGGUUCUUGAGAAAACGGAUUCUUUGCGCGCUUAUGGGAAAUGGAACACUCCUGGAUUUGCUCAUUCAAAAGACGAGUACAAUAUCCUCGUUAGUGACCAUGAUGAAAAGAAUACUUAUAAACAAGGUCAUAAAAUAACGAUCAACGAGGAUUAUACAGAGUUCGAGACCACAGAACUCAUCCCAAAUGAAUUUUAUCGGCUCAACAUGGAUCUUGUAAGAUUGAUUCGGGAAGCGACCACCACCUCCCAUCGAUUCGAGCAGUGGACGAACACGCAGACAAUUGAACAAAUUAAAACCCCGAGACGUCUUUACCCGGAAAUUCUGGAGCUUGGUUCAGACUACAUCAUAUUUGGAUGGGAAAAUACCUUUCAAAAAGUGGGUAUUUUCGACUCCGAGCCACCUCUGGAUUCAUCUCCUCGUACCACAGAUGUAAGGAUCAUAGAAGCAAAGACGUCUAGUAAUCCGGCUUUGAUUUCAAUGGACAACAUCGAAGCAGGAAAUGUAACUAUAAGUAUUGAUCUCGCACCAGCGCCAGAUACUGACUCCUGGUUCGUGAACAUCAGCCCUGUUGGUGGAGUUGGGGGAGGAGGACAGUCAGAAAGUGGCGAUGGUAGUAGCUGUAACGCAGAUACUGGCGAAGAUUGCAUCGCUAAUCCUACUUUUGGCGACUUAGAACCAGGAGAGACCUAUCAAGUCACCACAGGCAAAAACGAUGGAACCGUUGCAGAAAUCCGUGAACAUCGAGAAGAAAUCGUAAAUUCCAACGCAACAAUUUUCAACCUGCAGAAAUCCUUCAUCAAGUCGUAUUUAGAGCGCACCAACUCAGUAGACGACGAAGAAGUUCAAGUAGCGUACCAAGUGUACGAGACGGAUUCGUUCAAGCGUUUCGGUCCCAGAAAGCGCCUCAGAGAUAUGAUUGGCAACGAAACCAUUGAAAAUGUCGGAUCCGAUGUUCAGGAAAGAAUUGACGAGUGGAAAUAUGAGGGAGGCCUGUAUAAUCCUGGAGAAGCUCUGUACUUUGCUGGGCCAACGAAAAGACAACCAGUUAAAAACGUCAUUAUCAUGACAAUGUCGAACACUGGUGGAAUUGCCUCAACUAUCAACAAAGAAACAUCCCUCAUAAGAGGUCUAAGGAGUGUUCAAUUCUGCCUCAAAGCGGAAAUCCUGGUAAUUGGCCUUCACGAUGAAACAGACGAGCGAGGAGAUGACCAGACAUUCGAGGAAUACAUGAAUCUUGUCGGUUGUUGGGGACAUGGCGACACGAAGGACGAUCUUGAUAAAAUGAUGAAUAAUACUUUUGAAGGCUUUUCCUGCACGGACGAGCGGUGUCCGUUCCCGGAUGAGGAGACUUAUGAAGCUAGAAUUCGAGAUACAAAAAUUACAAAAUGCGAGAAUGUCUUUAGGAUGCCAAAGUCGGAAGAAGGCAUUCCUGAUUUAAUAUCGCAGUUAAAAAGACGACUUGUUGAAUUGGCAAGGGAUGAUGAAGCUGUUGCCACGCAAGAUAAAUACAUCUUUGAUGAGCCUCACACAUUAGAAGAGAGGAUGAAUAUGUGCAAACUUUACAAUACAAAACUCUUCAAUCUUGACUUGGAAGUUGUUUCCGAACAGAAUGCCAGAACUGAGCUUUAA